GUAAGUUUGUUUUGGGUACAUAACUACCGUCAUUUAUAGUUUGGAUUUAAAGAGUAAUAUGUUUACACGUGAUAUUGUUUAAUGUUACCUUCCACUUGUACAUAAACUGUAUAUUGAUAUAACACAGAUUGAGCAAUUUCAAUGACACGAUGGACUUCUGGGUUUCAUUUAAGAUCAUUGCGUAAGAGAUAUGUUUAGCUAAAAAUGGCGCUAGAUUCUAACGACGCAAUCUUGAUUGGUAUAAUAGUGACAAUAGUAAUCAUAGGACUAGCUGGGGGGAUAACUCUUGUUGUGUUCAUUUGCAUGAAGUGGGCGGACCACCGGAAGCGCCUUGCUCUCGCCCAGCCUCUCCCGUCCCGACAGAGAUCCCGUCGGCGCCGAAUUAGGGUCCGACACAGCAGCGAGACCAUUCAUAUAGAGGAGCCCCCACCGUACAUAGAAACAGAAACGGAUCCUCCGCCGCCGUACUCUGUCGUAGGCACGCCAGCAACCAACAGCCGACGGGAUGGGAACACACGCGGCAGUCAGACCGGCGGGCUGAGUCCACUUCCGCGACACAUAUUGAGUCAUUCCGGAAGAAGAAGAACCUCUGUGUUUGGCUCCCAUCUCAAUACCGGAACCACAAAUUCCCCGCUGGCAACGCCUGCCAGCAGCAUGUUCCGGUCCUCCAUUUUUGGUACGCGAGAGCAUUCUGCCUCAUCGAAUAUACGAUCUGUACAUAUGGUACAUUUUGAGUCUAGUGCUAACCGUAUUGACGCUCACUCUGAUGUUUCAUAUGAAGUCAACACAUGUCAUCCCAUAACAAACAUAAGCGAAGUAGGUUAACUGGAAAGCAUUGCACAGUGUACACUCAUAUGGCUAUAAUAAAAAUAUGUUUGACACAACAAGCUGUUUCGUUCAGUCGCUCUGGAUUUUGAUUCAUAAAUGGUCAUAUAGAGUGUUCAGAAACAAAUUAUCCAUGACAAAGGCGAUGGGACAUUGUCAAUUGUGA